AUUUUGUGUGAGUUCCUAAGCAAGUGUGUAUUCACAUGUUCAUACCUACAUAUGUAAAUAUCUGCACAUGCAUGAAGUGAAUUUGUAGUGGGUAAAGGUUUGUCCACAUUAGUUUUUUAGCAGUGCUUGGAAUAAAACAGAAAUCAGUGUGAUUUAUAAAAUGUUUUUGCCCACAACUUUGUCAUUGUUUCAUGCAUCAUCAAAGUAUGUGUUUCGAACUCCUCUUCGUAACUUCAGAAGACUCGUUGACGUUCAUCCCAGAGUGCAACGAUCACUUAAGCAAGGAGAAGCGGUGGUGGCCUUGGAAUCGACGAUUAUAACACAUGGUAUGCCUUAUCCACAGAAUAUUGAGACAGCACAGUCGGUGGAACAACUUGUUUCUGAAAAUGGUGCAUUAGCCGCAACCAUUGCAAUAAUUGACGGUCGAAUAAAGGUAGGUCUUACAUCAGAGGAAAUGGAAAAAAUCGCAACCAAAAAACGUGAUGAAGUAAUUAAAUGUUCAAGACGGGAUUUACCUUAUUUGAUAGCUACAAAAGGAAGUGGUGGCACAACUGUAGCAGCUACUAUGAUCAUAGCACACAUGUCGGGAAUAGAUAUAUUUGCUACUGGAGGUAUUGGUGGAGUUCACCGCGAUGGUCACAUCACAUUGGAUAUAUCAGCAGACCUUGUUGAGUUAGGACGAACACCAGUCACAGUAGUAUCGAGUGGCAUUAAAUCUAUAUUGGAUAUACCUCGAACGCUUGAGUAUUUAGAAACCCAAGGAGUAUGCGUUGCGACAUAUGGAGUUGAUGAUUGCAGUUUUCCUGAUUUUUAUACCCGCAAUAGUGGCUGUAAGGUGCCAUAUAACCUAAAUGGUCCACAGGAGGCGGCUAACUUAAUAAAAGCUCUGAAAGAGUUGGAACUAAAGUCUGGAAUUUUAAUUGGUGUGCCUGUGCCAGAGCAAUUUGCAGCAAAUAAAAAUAUAAUUGAUGCAGCAAUUGAAGAGGCAACGAAUCAGGCAAAAAUUGAGGGAAUUAGUGGUAAACAAGUAACACCCUAUCUGUUGGCCGCUAUUGCCAAAAUAACGAAGGGUAGAAGUCUAGAUGCAAAUAUUGCACUAAUUAAAAACAAUGCUAGUGUUGCUGCCCAAAUAUCUCGAGAAUUAUCAAAUACAAGUAAAAGCUAUAUGGUCGGAAGUGAAUCAGGACCUAAAUCAGCUUCCACCCCUCUAGUGAUUGGGGCAUCAAUUUUAGAUCUUUCAUUAACAAUGGUCGAUGAAAUACCAAAAGUGCUUGAUGGAGCUACUUAUUGUGCAAAACCAACGGAAUCAGCGGGUGGCGUCGGACGCAAUAUUGCCGAGGGCAUUUUUAAAUUGUAUGGCUCAGCAAACUUUAUUUCCAUUAUUGGAAACGAUCAACUCGGAAGGAGCUUAUUAAAAAUGAUUCCAACUGAAUUGAGAAAUUCAGUAAUCAAAGAUGAAGAAUGUGCCACUUCCCUUUGCACUCUACUUUUUGAUAAAACUGGUGAUUGCAAAAUUAUUUUAGGAAAUAUGGAGAUUCAUAAUAAUAUUACGGCUGAGAUGAUUGAACAACGUGAGGAGCAGAUAAGUUCUGCUCCAAUAAUUGUGAUGGAUAGCAAUCUCUCUCUUGAAGCGAUGAUAUGUACUCUACGUCUUGCACAAAAAUAUCAGCGACCAGUGUUUUUUGAACCAACGGAUAUGCGAAUUGCUCACAAGCCCUUUACUCUACCUAAGAGUCUUACCAAACAGAUUCGAAUGAUAUCGCCAAAUAUUUACGAAUUACACACCAUUGUUGAAGCGAUCACCGGAAAUCCAGUACAGAAUAAAGUCCACAAUGGUGAUCCUAUAGAAAUUUUACUGAAGAAAGCAAAAUACCUGUUGACACUGAUUCAAGAUCAUUUCGAUUGCAUCGUUCUAACACUUGGGCAACAAGGGGUAUUACUUAGUUUGAAUGGGGACUUAGCGGUAUCUGGCAAACCAUUGUUCGAUGUAACUACAGGUUCUUAUUUGCCCUUGACGAAAAAUACAAAAAAUGUUCAUGCACUACGAUUUUAUGGCGCACCGAAAGUAGAAAACAUCACGAACGUAUCCGGAGCUGGUGACAGUUUUACUAGUGGUUAUAUAACAGCACUUUUACGAGGAUAUGACAUAAAAAAUUGUGUAGCGUUGGGAUUUUUGGCUGCAGAACGGGCAUUGCAGUCUCGUGCAGCAGUACCGACUCGCUAUUUCAAUGAUGGUAAUGAAGAAUCUGCCAGUUUAGAAUCUACCUUAAAGAACCUCAAGGAAACAUCUUUGUAAGUCUAUGAUUAUAAUGCAAGUUUAGAUAUGCCAUAUUUUCAUGCCAAUAUAAAACUUGGAGCUACGUUUAAACAAUAAUCCCAUUUAUACCAAUAUACACAAUUUGUAAAUAUGAACUUGAGUCCACAUACAUUGUAAUACGGAAUUCACUUGUUUUUAACUCAAACACUACCUCAAAGAAUACAUAAGGGCAUUGUUAAUGAGACUUUAUAGCUUUAUAAAGGUAGUUUUUAAGCGUAUUAUUGAUUUUGUAUAAGAAAAAAGCUAGUAUGAAUUUUAUAUGGUUUAUUUAAACUUAAGAUAAAAUGUUAAUUUUUUAAUUGCAUCUGCAUUUGUAAUAAAGUACGAAUACUCCUUUUAUAUAUAUCCGAUUUAUAUAUACACUUCUCCUCUGCAUGUGCCCUAAUAAGCCCAUCUAUAACAAAUAUUAAAAAUGUAUUAAGUUUAAAGUAACAAUAUAAAAUAUACAUCAAUUGAAAA